AUGGAUUUGAGCUCUGUGAAUGGUUCUGCUGAUGGAUAUCUCGAUGUUCAGAUUCAUGAGAUUGAUAUCGCGACUUCGGAGUCGAUUUGGAAAUGGAGCGCGCUAGAUCAUAUUCCUUUGAAUGCGUCGCAGUUGCCGUUGACGGAUAUGGCGGCUUAUGAAAGCGUUGCGUGGGAUUAUGUUUAUAAUAAUUCUGUUUCUCCCGACGAGAUUUUGGUGCUGUCCCAGAAGAAGCUACCUUUAGCUGGCAAUACCACACUCGCGUCCCCGAUUUCGAAGAAAACUUCACCAUGUUCUCCAACUUUGGCAACCACGACUACGCCGGUACCACCGGGGGAAAUGCUCAAAACACCGCACCCACCCGUCCGCCACGAGUUUUACCUCGAACACCCCGCGAGCAAAACCUACAGCCCCCUCUCCCUAAACACCUACAACGAAUCCACCUCCCUCUUCAGCGACUCCUGGAGCUCCUCCCACUACCUCCCCAACCAUCAAAACGCCACCAGCCGCUUCAUGUCCUACGGCCAACUCCCCAUUCUCCGAGAAUGGCAAGCCGGACCAGGCCUCAACCAAACAGCCUUCAAGUGGCAAGCCACUUUCGGUGCCGACAACGAGGUCGCCACUUACCAGGCCCAAAAAGCAUCUUGGUACGGUGAGCCCAAGACCGCGCCGCAGCUUCUAGUUUUGCAGAACGGAACCGCGUACAUGAGUUGGAAUGGCGCGACGCAUGUCGCGGGGUGGAAUAUCUAUAGUGGGAGUGCUGAUAAUGAUACUACGUAUACGCUCAAGGGGAUUGCGCGAAGUCGUGGGUUUGAGACGGCGGUGGAUUUGGGGGCGGGGUGCUAUAUGGUGCAGCUUUUGAUGGAUUUUUCGCCAAGUGCAAAUGCGACGUAUGGGAUUAAUUCUACUCGGGCGUGCUCAUCGUAG